AUGGCCGGCUGGUGGCGAAGGCUGAGGGGGCGCCUGGGCGGCGGCCUCGCCUGCUGCUGCCUGCUGCUGCUGCUGCUCUCUGCCUCGGCGCUGGCCUGGGCGGCCGAGGAGGCGGAGGCGCGCGCGCAGACCUUCCCUCAGCCGCUCACCAACCUGGCGGCGAGCGCGCGGCGCUUGCUGGUGGCCAGCGGCAAUCGCUGGUACGAAGUGGAGCCCUCGCUGGCCUGGGCGAAGGAGCACCGCAGCAGCCCGGCGCUCGACUUGGUGACGGUCAACAAGCUCCUGCUGCCUUUCGGCGACGACCGCCUGCUCACCUGUUGGACCCAGCCGCAGGGCUCCUGCUACGAGGAACGCCUCGGCGCCAACGCCAACGCCACCGUUUUCGGGAAAGACGUGGUGACCUGCUUGCGGAAUGGCUCCGCCGCGGGGUGGAUCUAUGCCCGCGACUCCAGUGGCAGCUGGUGGUGGCCAACGUCUCACCGACUGAAGGAUUCCAGUGACUUCGCUCCGGGGUGCCCCAUUGCAGAGAGCGACUCCAAACCUCAGCAUGGAGCCCAAGAUGCUCGUCGCCAACCAGAUGCCGGCAGACCAGUUCUUCGGCCACGGCCAGCGAUCUUGCGCUGCUGCGGCGGCGGCGGCUUCACCCGGAGGAUCCUCUCUUCCAACUACGACAAGAUAGCUUGGCCAAUCAACAAUGCAACUUUGCUGAGCCACUCUGAUUUGGUGUCAGUUUAUGCCACUGUGGUUCUGAACAAGAUUGUUUUGUUUUUGGGAACAAGAAAUGGACAGUUGCUGAAAGUGAUUCUUGAUGAAAACAUGAAACCAAAUUGCCCAGACAUUUUAUAUGAAAUUGAAGAAGAAACACCAAUUUUUCACAAACUUGAACUUGACCCUGUGAAUAAAGAUUACAUCUAUCUACCAUCUGGUAACAAGAUCUGGAGAACAAAGGUUGCCAAUUGUAGCAAGUAUGUUUCCUGUAAAGAAUGUUUAACUGCCAUGGACCCCCACUGUGGAUGGUGUUACUCAUAUAACAACUGCACUUUAAAAGGGGAAUGCCCAGUUUCAAAUAACGUAAUGAACUGGGCAAGCAUUCCAUAUGGAACAGAUAAAUGCCUGAAAAUCUACACAUCUAAGCAUUACAGAGGUGAGAUUUCUGUAACUGCAGUUGGAAAUUCUGAAGGGCCAUUCUCUUGCAAAGUGAUAGAUGUGAAUACCAAAAAAAUUCUUUGUGAGAAUGUGAAGGAAGACAUCAUGAACUGUUCUUGUCACCUUAAGGCAGCUGAUCUAGUUGGAAAAGUUGCUCAAGUAUUACUCAUCUCUAAUACACAGACUUUAACAGAAAUAUUUAAAUAUGACUGCUCAUUAGAGAAAACAUGUUCAGAAUGUUUGUCUCAUGCUGGUUGCACCUGGUCUACUAGAAAGAACAAAUGCGUCUCCUCUACCAUGACUUGUACACAAAAGGUUGACUGUGAUUCAAUUCCUACCAGUGCUUCAGAUGGGAAAGAUAUUUCACAGAGGCCAGAGCCGAUGCACAUUACUUCCAUUGAACCAAUGUGGAUAUCAACAUUAGGCAGCAGUGAAGUACUAGUCAGAGGAGAAAACUUUUCAAAUGAAGAUGUUUUGAUGGAAAUGACUGGAACCAGUAGCUGCAAAUCAGAGGAAAUAUUUGUCACCAAAGUGUUAAAUCGCACACACAUGAAAUUCUGUUUACCACCAAGUCGCAAAGAAGCCAAGAGCAUAUGUAUAAAGAAAAUUGGCUUUCCGUGUUCACUUCCUGUGACACUGUAUUAUGUCUCUCUCCCCACAUGUACUGGAAUAUUUCCAAAUGUCACCUGGAAGAGUGGAGGUCGCAACAUGACUAUACGUGGGAGACAUCUAAAUGUCACAGAAAUGGUUUCUGUUUUAGAUGGAGGGGGACAAAACUUGGCAAAAUUUACAUGCCGCAGUGACAGAUCUGAGUGCAAUUUUACAACACCAGCUGUUAAUACUGAGAAAAGUAAUGUAAAAGUUGUUCUAAAAGUUGAAACGAAAAAUAUGCCUUGCAUUGAAUUUCGAUAUGAACCUGACCCUGAAUUUAUUCACUAUGAACUGACAACUGAUAUGCAUCCUGUCUUGGAGUUAAAAAUACAUAAAAAAAACGAUCAGUUAAAUAUUUCAAAACGUGAGAUGGAUGUUUUUAUGUCCUGCAUGGCUGCUGAGAAAUUGCUAAACAUAACUUUCACUGUCCAAAAUAUUUCACAAACUGAAACUCGCAGCACUAUCUACUGCAGAGCCCAACAGAUGUCCGAUGACAAGAUUGAUACAUCCAGUGUGAAGGUUUAUGUCAAGGUGGGAAACUUUAAGCAAGAAGUUCCAAAUGAAGCACGCAACUAUUCAUAUUUGUACCUUCUUGUGUUAAUCCCCGUAGUCAUUGCUGUUGCUAUUUUCAUGACCCUUAGAAAAUCCAAGCAGUUGAACCGUAAACUGAGUGAACACUUGGAGCUUUUGGAAUGUGAACUCCGCAAAGAAAUACGUGAAGGCUUCGUAGAGCUGCAGAUGGAAAAAUUGGAUGUGGUUGAUAAUUUUGGAAAUCCCUUCUUUGACUACAAACACUUUCUUAUUCGAACUUCUUUCCCGGAGGCCGGAGGCACGUCGUUUAUCUUGAUUGAGGACUCCAGUGAACCCCUUAGCAGAAAUCCUGAGCAGAAGGAUGAAAGCAUUACAGCAUUGUACGCCUUAAUUUGUAACAAGCAUUUUCUUGUUACUCUGAUUCACACGCUUGAAAAACAGAAAACCUUCUCUGUAAAAGACAGAUGCUUGUUUGCAUCUUUCUUGACGAUCGCACUACAAACAAACCUAGUCUUAACCCAUAUUCUAGAGGUCUUGACAAGGGAUUUGAUGGAACAGUCUAGCAAUGUACAACCAAAGCUGAUGCUAAGGCGUACAGAGUCAGUGGUAGAAAAACUGCUGACAAACUGGAUGUCUGUUUGCCUCUCUGGUUUUCUUCGGGAGACAUUUGGGGAUCCAUUCUAUAUGCUUGUGACAACCCUAAAUCAAAGGAUAAACAGGGGCCCUGUGGAUGUAAUAACCUGCAAGGCCUUGAACACACUAAAUGAAGACUGGUUACUGUGGCAAGUAACUGAAUUCAAUACAGUGGAAUUAAAUGUUGUCUUUGAAAAUAUCCCACAAAGUGAGUGUGAAGGCACUUUUCAGACAAUUCAAGUUAAUGUCCUGGAUUGUGACACCAUAGGGCAAGCCAAAGAGAAGAUCUUGCAAGUCUUUCUGAACAAGAAUGGCUCUCUUUAUGGUCUUCAGCUCAAUGAAAUAGCUUUGGCUCUUCAGUCAGGUGCACAAACAACCGAACUUUUGGACAUAGAUAGUUCCUCUGAGAUUCUGGAAAAUGGAAUUACCAAGCUGAACACCAUACGACAUUAUGCGAUUUCAGAUGGAGCAACAUUAAAUCUUUAAGAAAAAAACAGAUCUAUCAGCGGAGCUGCCAUUGGGGAAUACCCGAACGACUAUUGCCAUCUGGUAAGGUCAACAAUAUCGGACAACUAGAUCAGCCAAGAUACACAGGGUGCAAAACACAAAGGAAAACAAAAAUUUAAAGUGAAGGAAAUGUAUCUUACUAAACUUCUUUCUACAAAGGUUGCAAUUCACUCAGUUGUUGAAGCUUUUAGGAGCAGUUGGACUUUACCAAACAAUAAAGCCCCAGUUGCUGUCAAGUAUUUUUUUGACUUCUUGGAUGCUCAGGCUGAAAAUAAGAAAAUUACAGACCCUGAUGUGGUCCAUAUAUGGAAAACUAACAGUCUUCCUCUUCGCUUCUGGGUGAAUAUACUGAAGAACCCUCAAUUUGUCUUUGAUAUUAAAAAGACUCCACAUCUUGAUGGCUGUUUGUCAGUAAUUGCACAAGCGUUUAUGGAUGCCUUUUCUCUAUCAGAGCAACAACUGGGAAAGGAAGCACCAACAAACAAACUUCUCUACGCUAAGGAUAUUCCACUUUAUAAAGAAGAGGUUAAAUCUUUCUAUAAAGCAAUUAGGGAUUUACCUUCAUUGUCCACUUUGGAGCUGGAAGAAUUUUUAACACAGGAAUCUAAGAAACAUGAAAAUGAAUUUAAUGAGUCUGCAGCCUUGACUAAAAUUUACCACUACAUAGCAAGAUAUUAUGAUGAUAUACUGAAUAAAUUGGAGAAAGAACGAGGGCUGGAAGAAGCCCGGAAGCAGCUGCUGUAUAUAAAAGCCUUAGUUGAUGAAAAGAAAAAAUGCAAGUGGAUUUCAGAUGAAUCAACUGCUCCCUUACUAAGCUAGUAUGAACUUUAAAAACUGCUACUGUCAGUGGAACAGCAGUCAAAGCAUUAAGAUCUCCUCAAGCAUUAAUAGUAUACAGCAACUGUCAGUCCAGAUGGGAAUGAGCAUCCCUAGCUGCACCGAAGAUGCAUCUUAGAGCAGUCUGGAUAAACAUUACAUUGUUGAUGUAAAUAUGCAGCCAGGCGCAUAGGACUGGAAGCUUGCUGCCAUGUGCAGAUUUCCCUUGCCAUAUCAAAGCCACUAUGGGAAGCAAGAUGCUGCACUCGAUAGAGACCUUCGGUCUGAUGCACGAGGGAGCAUCUUACAUUAAGUAAUUUUGGCAGUGUUUUAACCACUUUUGAUGUGGGGUUUUUUUUUUAAGCCACAAAUCUAUAAAAACAACCUGCUUGCAUUUCAUUUUCAGCACAGUGCUCCAAAGGCCCACUUUGCCAAAAUAAUUUCCUUACCUCAUUGAACUGAAACAGCCUCCUUCUCCAUGUUCCACAUGAGCACAAACAUGCAGUAUGUUCCAGAUGCUUGGGUGCUGCAGCCUUAAGAAGCAUAACCACUGGAUCUAGGAGGCGCAGCCUGCUGAGGUCAUUUGCAGCAUUCCAAGAAAAUAGUUUGCAACCGACGUGAAAUGAUAUGGGACACUUUACAUACCUUCUUGUGGAGAAGCAUGCAGAAUGGAUUGGCUGGCUCACAUCCCACUGAAAUUUUCAAUUGCUAUAGCUGUGUCCAGCAUUAUGUAUGUUCUAAAAAUUUCUUCCCCCUGCAUAGACAAUAGAUAAGUUUCAAAACAAACUCAGGGACCACUAAGUAUUAAGGUAUUUUUAACUGACUCUUCUUCUGAGGCAGAAAAGGGUGCUCCGAUUUAUUUUGUACCUGCAGUUGUUUAUAUUUUUUUAAAAUUGUAGAUAAAUGGAAGGAUUACCAAAAUAAAUUCUACGUAGCUUUGCAAGUACAAGCAGCAUGUUUUCCACCUGGGGUAGCUACAGUAGUCUUUGGUCACCUUAAAGACUAACACAUAAGCUUUCAUAGCCCACCAUCCAUUUCAGCAGAAGCAUGAAGUUUUAUGCUAUGUUGGCAG